AUCAAACUUUGCAUUCCAUACUUUGUUUGGUGGCGGUGAAGAUAUUCACAGACUCCCUCUGGAUUUCCCCUUCAUUCUACAAAUCAAUGGAAGCUUCUUCAUCAAUCAUCACACACCCAUUAAACCUCAACCACAAGCCCUCAUCUUCCUUUAACAAACCCAAAACUCUUCGAUUCUUACCGGGUGUCAACAAGACUGUUACUUUUCGCCGUUUUCAUCCACACACCCGCCGGACCGCCGUUGCUCCGCCCAGUUACUUCACCAGUAAGAUUGCUGGGGAUAGAUGUGUUUUUCCUUUGGACAAAUCGUCGGGUCAAAGGCCAUUGCUAGAUCAAUGUACGCGAUUUUCUUGCUUUCAUCAUGGGCGGAGAAAACGGUUUCCUAUAUGCAAAUCAAGCCCAGGAGCAUUUUCUGACAAAUCUGUGUUUCAUCUGUCAAAGCAUGGAGUAGACAAUGUUUUUGGAAAGCGGGUUAGGGUUCCCUGUGCAGCUGUGGGUCCCGACGAGCCACAUGCAGCAAGUACAGCCUGGCCAGAGGGUGUUUUGGAGCAGCAAUCUUCUGAUAGUUUUACGGUUAACUCAGAAAGCAGUGAAUGGCGGGAACUAGAACGGUUUUUAGGUGCUCAACUUCCAUCCCACCCGAAGUUAGUUAGGGGACAACUAGAAAACGGUCUCCGUUACCUCAUCUUGCCCAACAAAGUUCCACAAAACAGGUUUGAAGCCCACAUGGAGAUACAUGCGGGAUCAAUUGACGAGGAAGAUGAUGAGCAAGGUAUUGCACAUAUGAUCGAGCAUGUUGCAUUUCUCGGAAGUAAGAAGCGUGAAAAACUUCUAAGAACUGGUGCACGCUCAAAUGCUUACACCGAUUUUCAUCAUACGGUUUUUCAUAUCCAUUCACUAACUUCUAUGCAGGAUUCCGACGAGGAUCUACUUCCGUCUGUUUUGGAUGCUUUGGAUGAGAUUGCUUUUUACCCAAAGUUCGUUACUUCUCGGGUUGAAAAAGAAAGGCGUGCCAUACUAUCAGAGCUACAAAUGAUGAACACUAUUGAGUACCGUGUUGACUGCCAGCUGUUGCAACAUUUACAUUCUGAGAAUAAGUUGAGCAAAAGAUUCCCGAUAGGUCUCGAAGACCAAAUUAAGAAGUGGGAUGCAGAAAAGAUCAGAAAGUUCCAUGAACGGUGGUACUUCCCAGCAAACGCAACUUUGUAUAUUGUGGGAGAUAUAGAUAACAUUGCAAAGACAGUCAACCACAUCAAAGCUGUUUUUGGACCGAAACACGUGGCCGAGACCCCCGUAGCACCUAAAACUAGUGCAUUUGGUGCAAUGGCCAAUUUCCUUGUUCCUAAAUUCACAGGCGGGAUAUCUGUUGACUCAUCAAGCGACAAAACAUCUCUUCCUGCGAACCAAUCAAAACUUCCUAAAAAAGAAAGACAUGCGGUUCGCCCUCCUGUUGAACAUAAUUGGUCCCUUCCCGGGAGACACGAGGAUCUAAAGUCGCCUCAAAUAUUUCAGCAUGAACUGCUUCAAAAUUUUUCAAUCAACAUGUUCUGCAAGAUUCCUGUGAACAAGGUCCAGACGUAUGGUGAUUUGCGUAAUGUUCUUAUGAAAAGAAUAUUCCUUUCGGCUUUGCAUUUUCGCAUUAACUCGAGAUAUAAGAGUUCUAGUCCUCCAUUUACAUCCAUUGAGUUAGAUCACAGUGAUUCUGGACGAGAGGGAUGCACAGUCACUACUCUUACUGUAACUGCCGAACCUCAGAGCUGGCAAGGUGCAAUUAAAGUGGCUACACAAGAGGUUCGCAGGCUUAAGGAAUUUGGUGUUACAAAAGGAGAAUUGGCUCGUUAUCUUGAUGCAUUACUUAAAGAUAGUGAACAGAUGGCUGCUAUGUGUGAUAAUAUUUCGUCAGUCGAUAAUUUGGAUUUCGUUAUGGAGAGUGAUGCUCUUGGGCAUAUGGUUAUGGAUCAUAAACAGAGUUAUGAAAGCUUGAUCAAUGUUGCUGGAACAAUCACCCUCGAAGAAGUGAAUUUCAUUGGCGCACAAGUAUUGGAGUACAUAUCGGAUUUUGGAAAACCAUCGGCGCCUGUACCCGCAGCCAUUGUCGUAUGUGUUCCAAAAAAAGUACACGUUGAUGGAGUAGGUGAAAUCGAUUUCAAGAUAUCCCCGAGUGAGAUAACUGCUGCAAUCGAAGAAGGUUUAAAGGAACCCAUAGAGCCCGAGGCAGAGUUUGAGGUACCAAAGGAAUUGAUAACCUCAACAGAGCUGGAUGAUUUGAAGUUACAACUUAAACCGUCUUUCAUAUCUACCGGUUUAGAUUCAAACGCUGCUAAAGUUCAUGACAACGAAACCGGCAUCACCCAAUGUCGUCUCUCAAAUGGAAUUUCUAUUAACUACAAGAUAUCCAAAACCGAAAAAUGCGGCGGGGUGAUGCGGCUAAUAGUAGGCGGUGGACGGGUGGCAGAAACACCGGAAACAAAAGGAGCGGUUGUUUUGGGUGUUAGAACAUUGAGUGAAGGGGGACGUGUUGGUAACUUUACAAGGGAACAGGUUGAGCUUUUCUGCGUGAAUAAUUUAGUUAAUUGUUCACUGGAGUCCACAGAAGAAUUUAUUUGUAUGGAGUUUCGUUUUACUACACGCGACAAUGGAAUGCGUGCUGCUUUCCAAUUGCUUCAUAUGGUACUUGAGCGUAGUGUGUGGCUAGAAGAUGCAUUUGAUAGAGCGAGACAACUGUAUUUAUCGUAUUAUCGCUCUAUUCCAAAAAGCUUGGAACGAUCAACUGCUCACAAACUCAUGAUAGCUAUGUUGGAUGAAGACGAACGGUUUGUGGAGCCCACACCAUAUUCAUUACAAAAUUUGACUUUGCAAACGGUAAAAGAUGCAGUGAUGAAUCAGUUUGCCAGUGAUAACAUGGAGGUGAGCAUCGUUGGGGAUUUUUCAGAAGAGGAUAUCGAGUCUUGUGUAAUGGAUUACCUAGGCACGGUUAGAGCAUCGAGAGGUGCUGACAUGGCACUGAGUUACGAUCCAAUCAUCUUUAGACCGUCACCUCAUGAUUUGCAUUUUCAGCAAGUGUUCUUGAAGGACACUGAUGAGAGAGCAUGUGCUUACAUUGCGGGCCCUGCACCGAACCGCUGGGGAUAUGCAGUUGAUGGAACAGACUUUCUUGAGUCCAUAAGUAAAGUUUCAGUUAGUAAUGGUGUACAACCGGAAACUGAAGGACAGCUUGUGAAGUCCGAUAACAUCAACUUUCACAUGCAAAGAUCUAGGAAUCACCCACUUUUCUUUGCAAUUGCAGCGGGAUUGUUGGCAGAGAUAAUUAAUUCGAGGCUUUUCACUGAAGUCAGAGACGCCCAAGGAUUAACAUACGAUGUAUCUUGUGAGUUAAACCUAUUCGACAGGUUAAAUCUUGGGUGGUAUGUUAUUUCUGUAACAUCUACACCGAGCAAGAUACAUAGGGCUGUUGAUGCUUGCAAGAACGUCUUAAGAGGCUUGCAUAGUAAAAAGAUAGCCGACCAUGAACUCGACCGGGCCAAACGGACCCUGCUGAUGAAACACGAAACGGAAACCAAAUCAAAUGCUUACUGGCUUGGGUUGAUAUCCCAUUUGCAGGCUGCUUCUGUCCAUAGGAAGGAUAUUUCAUGCAUCAAAGAUAUGACAAUGCUAUAUGAAGCUGCCACUAUUGAGGAUGUAUACCUGGCAUAUGAACAGUUGAAAAUCGAUGAUCAAUCGCUAUACUGUUGCAUCGGCAUUGCUGGUGCUAAGGCUGAUGAUGAAGUUUCAGGCUCUUUACAAGAGGAAGAAUACGUUGGAGGUCUGCAUGGUGUUCUUCCUGUGGGUCGUGGGUCCCACGCCGUGACCAUGCCGACAACUUAAUCAUUCUAGAUUCGUGAUAUUUAUCUAGUGCCCAGAUGAAGACUAACCUCACGGUACCUCAGCGAUGUUUAAAACGACCUAUUUUAUCAGCAGCUAAAACACCAGGUAAAACAUUGAAGAAGUAUAAGGGAAUUCAUGAACAAUAAAUCCCAAACAGUCUAAUUGCAGGAAACCACUGGCUCUUGUGUAUGCAAUGCAUUUGUCUUCUAGUCGAGCCAUAAAUGAGCGAUGUACAAGUUAACACACCCGGCCAAUUCAUUCGAGUUUUUUUUUUUUUUUUUUUUUUUGUUUAGGUAUUUGAAUUCCUGAUAAUGUGUAGAUAUUUAGUUGAUCUUACAAAUUUUUGCGUACUUUAGCGACUAUCAUCAACCUGGAUCCGAAAGUCUAAUUGAUCGAAGGAUGUACACCAACUUCACAAGUUUACAUAUUGAAUUCCCAAAAUGUUGUCUUAACGUUCAUUUGGUGAA